UCUCCAGCCGGCUUCACCGAUCCACGGACUCUCGUAUCUCCUCUGCGUCGCCAUUCACCUCCGGGUCCCGACUCUGAGGUCACGCAUGUGCACGCGCGUCUUGUCACUGCGCCCUCGUGCACUUUUUGUGUGUGUGUUGUUGUUGCAAUUGCGCCAAUUUCUUUACGCACGACAACUUGCCCGCGCGCUCCAUCAGAGGAGAGCUGAACCCAACGCAGACCGAAGACGACGGACCGGAGCAGGUGUGUGUGUGUGUGUGUGUGUGCGCGCGCAUGUGUGUGUGUGUGUGUGCGUGUGUCCACCAGCGUAGAGAAGUGAAGAAACAAGAACCGCACGACAACGGAAUAUAAACACUGUUAUUGAACCAUUUUUUUGGAGGACAAUAUAACAAAGGAAGCAGACAAAGAAGAUGAGUGCCAACACCGUCCUCCUGCUCUUCAUCCUCUCUCACACAGGCAGCAGGGCCGAGAAUGCCGAGGAGCGUCUGGUGAACUUCCUGUUGGGUCCCGAGCGCUACAACAAGCUGAUCCGACCGGCCGUCAACAAGAGCCAACAGGUCACCAUCUCCAUCCAGGUGUCUCUGGCGCAGCUCAUCAGUGUAAAUGAGAGGGAACAGAUAAUGACGACCAACUUGUGGCUGUUUCAGGAGUGGAACGACUACAGGCUCAGAUGGGACCCGGAGAAGUACGAAGGCAUCAAGAAACUACGAAUACCAUCCAAACACAUCUGGCUUCCUGACAUAGUUCUAUACAACAACGCCGACGGCGUGUACGAGGUCUCCUUCUACUGCAACGCCGUGGUCUCCAACACGGGCGACAUCUUCUGGCUCCCGCCGGCCAUCUACAAGUCGGCCUGCGCCAUCGAGGUGCAGAACUUCCCCUUCGACCAGCAGAACUGCACGCUCAAGUUCCGCUCGUGGACCUACGACCACACGGAGCUGGACCUGAUGCUCACCAGCGACUUCGCCAGCCUCGACGACUUCACGCCGAGCGGCGAGUGGGACAUCGUGUCGCUGCCGGCGCGCAAAAACGAGGACCCCGACGACGCCACCUACCUGGACAUCACCUACGACUUUGUGAUCAAGAGGAAGCCGCUGUUCUACACCAUCAACCUGAUCAUCCCCUGCGUGCUCAUCUCGUCGCUCGCCAUCCUGGUGUUCUACCUGCCGUCGGACUGCGGCGAGAAGAUGACGCUGUGCAUCUCCGUGCUGCUCGCGCUCACCGUGUUCCUGCUGCUCAUAUCCAAGAUCGUGCCGCCGACCUCUCACGCCGUGCCGCUCAUAGGUAAAUACUUGAUGUUCACCAUGGUGCUGGUCACUUUUUGCAUCGUGACCAGCGUCUGCGUCCUCAACGUGCACCACCGCUCCCCGUCCACCCACCACAUGCCCGACUGGGUCAAGCGCUUCUUCCUGGUCCGCCUGCCCAACCUCCUCUUCAUGAGGCGUCCGGGAGCCUCCAACGUCCGCGAUCAACUCCGAAACAGGAAGUACGCCAACCGGAGCGCCGUCGGGAAAAACAAUUCCCAGAGCGGCACGGACAAGAGGCAGUACUCCAACGUCAGACUCGGCGGGAUCCGAACGGACGCCAACUCCUUCUACGUGAACGAGGACUCGGCCAACAAGUUUUGCUGGAAGGGCGACGACGUCCCGGAGAGGGGCGGCGGCGGCGGCGGCGUGUUUUCAGACUUCCGGAGGCCGUCGGCGGUCCAGUGGGACGCAGACAUGGAGGAGGCCGUGGACGGCGUGAGAUACAUCGCCGAGCACAUGAAGACGGAAAACGGCGACGAAGGGAUCAUAGAGGACUGGAAGUAUGUCGCCAUGGUGAUCGACCGUCUCUUCCUGUGGAUCUUCAUCCUGGUGUCUCUGGUGGGAACUCUGGGGCUCUUCAUGCAGCCGCUGUUCCAGAGCUAUAACACACCCACAGCCGACGGCCCGGAGUAUGGAGAUUUCUAAAAUUAUUAUUAGUUAUUGCAGCCAGCUCGAUGAGUGUGUUUGUAACAGUGGACCUAAAAAAAAAAAAAAACCUCUUUUCUCCUGUUGAUGUGAACAAUAAGACAUUAUACAACAUUAUACCAAUUAUUGACAUAUUACAAUAGACCACAUUUGAUCCUGGCUUAAACCUAUCUACCUUUCCUCUUCAUAAAUGUAUUAAUCCAUCAUGUUGUGCCUCAUCUCCACAACCCACCUCCCGAGCAACGUUGUAAUCGUCAUACCACCGUGCUUUUAUUUUGAAGGAAUGUGUAUUCUCUUCUCGCUUUUUCAUUCUCUCUUUCUGUCCCUCGUUUGUUUUUUUAAAUUGUAUUGACAUUUUGCGCCAUAUCACUUCACAAUGUUUAGCGGCACCAUGUUAAAUACAGUAAUCUGAAUAAAUGUGACACUGACUGUGUAUCGAAUAAAAAUAAAUGUUCCCUCAGUCA